AUGGUGGAUCAAUUGAAACUUCCAACAACCAAACAUCCAAAACCAUAUACUCUUCAAUGGUUGAAUGAUUCAGGAGGUAUCAAGGUUUCAAAGCAAGUUAGGGUAGCGUUUUAUGUGCAAAAGUUCCAAGAUGAAGUAUUGUCUGAUGUGAUCCCAAUAAUUGAGCACCAAAUUGACUUUGUACCUAGUUCUACCAUACCCAAUAGGCUGACAUAUAGAGCAAAUCCCGAGGAAACCAAAGAACUACAAUGCCAAGUGGAAGAACUUCUUAAUAAAGGUUAUGUUAGGGAAAGUUUAAGUCCAUGUGUUGUUCCUGUUAUACUUGUUCCUAAGAAAGAUGGUUCUUGGUGCAGUGCAAAAGAAAUUGAGGUUGAUGAAGAAAAGGUGAAGGCAAUCAAAGAGUGGCCGAUUCCCACAAAUACAAGUGAAGUUCGAAGUUUUCAUGGACUAGCAAGCUUCUAUAGGCGUUUUGUGAAAGAUUUCAGUACCAUUGCCACAUUAUUGAAUGAAUUAGUGAAGAAAGAUACUUUUGAGAUUGAUUGUGAUGCUUCCGGUAUAGGUAUUGGAGCUGUUCUAAUACAAGAUGGAAAGCCAAUAGCCUAUUUUAGCGAAAAGUUGAAUGGAGCAAGCCUAAAGUAUCCAACUUAUGACAAGGAACUCUAUGCACUUGUUAGAGCUUUAGAAGUAUGGCAACAUUACUUGCUGACCAAAGAGUUCGUGAUCCACACCGAUUAUGAAUCCUUGAAGUACUUAAAGGGUCAAAACAAGCUGAAUAGAAGAAAUGCUAAAUGGAGUGAGUUCAUUAAAGCAAUCCCUUAUAUCAUCAAGUACAAGCAAGAUGUAUUGCAUGAUCACUUUUAUUGGCCUUGCAUGAAAAAGGAUGUUAUGCGAUUUUGUGCAAAUUGUAUUGUGUGCAAACAUGCUAAGUCUAAGCUUCAACCACAUGGUUUGUAUAUGCCUCUCCCUAUAUCUAGUUCACCUUGGGUUGAUAUUUCUAUGGAUUUUAUACUUAGAUUACCUAGAACUAGGCAUGAGCAUGAUAACAUAUUUGUUGUUGUUGAUAGGUUUUCAAAGAUGGCACAUUUUAUAGCUUGUAAGAAAACUAAUGAUACACAACAUAUUGCUGACCUAUUCUUUAGAGAGGUAGUGCGUUUACAUGGUAUGCCACGCACCAUAGUUAGUGAUAGGGAUGCUAAGUUUUUGAGCCACUUUUGGAAGACUUUAUAG